AUGUUUUCAGUGCCUCAUUUUGAUGAUAUGGAGGAGUUGUACUCUGCCUAUAGACCGAUUACACCGUCGUUCUCUAAUAGCCGCCCAAGUAACUCUGAGCGAAUGAGGUAUUCGACUCAGCCUACUGAUCGUCUCCCAAUUCAUGAUUUUAGACGAGAUUCGCUUGAGUUAUAUGGGUUAAAGCCUAAAAAUUAUUCUAUGGAGGAUAUCAAGAGUGAUCAGGAGGAGCUGGUAAAUGAAAGUAGUGAAUCGGCGAGCGGGCCUCUGCAGCCUAAAUGGAAGGACUGGAUUUUAGAAAGACGAAAUGGGAUUGAUGAGUUGGAACGACAGCUUGAUGAUUUUAAGAUUAAGGGAGUUGGGCAUAUUACACAAGACAUGUCACAAGAUAUGGAGCAGAAAUACAGUGCUUUUAAUCCUUCAGAUGGGCAUGAGGGUAGCUCAUUCCUACAAAAAGGGGAGGAACACGGCACGCUAGCGCAUGAUGACAUAUUGAGUAACAUGAAUAAUAAUAUUCAUAAAUCGCGGUGGACAGCGGAUAGAAUUAGAACAAAUAUUGAUAAGCUUUUCACCGAAAAUGCGGAGCUGCUUCAUUCCAACCAAGGGCUCCCGGGCACCUUUCCACGAGAUAUUGUCUAUUUACCCAUACCGGUUAAUUCGGAAGAACAAGAGAGCAGAUCAACUAAAGAUGAAUAUGAGGAGCAUAUUGGACCGAUAAAAUAUUUAAGUCAUAUUAUAGUGGUUCCUGCAAUGGCGAAGUUUUUAUCGUUUAUCAUAUUUCAUCUAGUGUCAUUACCUCGGCACGAUUAUGCUUUUUCGACUAUAUCUGCAGAGUGUACUCAACUGAUAAUGGGGUUGGAUAAGGUUAUUACAGGUUUAGGUGGAUUAUUUGCUGCUCAUCAGUGCCUAGAUUAUAUUAUUACUUUCCCACUAGCAUGCCAUACUCGUUAUCAUCUCUUAAAGUAUGGUAUUGAAAUCAUAAGAGAUAGUGGCUCUGACCAGAUAUGGAAGGAACAUAAUAGAGAAUUCCUAAGCUUCCAUAACAGGGCGUUGACUGAAUUUCAAUUAAAAUUAAAGAAAAAACUAUGGUUUACUGGACUUACGUUGUUUGGCUUUGUGCUCCUGUGUUUCAGUUUCGUAUGUUGGGUUCAUUUAAUUACAUGGACUGGGAAUUCUGUGGGUAGCUGUUUUAACAACAUGCUCUUCGGAAGAGCCCAAUUUGCUGGAAUUGUAUUCUGUCUUAUUGGCCAAACAUGUUAUGAUUCUAUGGCCUAUUUGAAACAUUUUAUUGGGGAAUAUGCAGAAGAUACUAUGGAACUUUUGAUGAAGAAAUUAGACUAUUACAAACAACAUCAGCAGCAGCAGCAUCAAUUAUAUCAGCAACAGCAACAGCAACAGCAACAGCAACAGCAACAGCAACAGCAACAGCAACAGCAACAAAAGCACCAGCGUUUGUCUAUGCGUGUUCAGCAAAACCCACGCAAAGAAUCGCACCUUGGAAGUAAUACAUUGAUCAAGGAUCACAUUAUUCCAAACUCCGCGUACAUGGACAUUGUUUCUAAUAAUGAAAACCACGAUGUAUUACUGAUUUCUACCCCUGACAAUUCCUCAUCAGUAAUUUAUCACCCACAACCAUACAUUAGUCCGUUAAACGGCAGAUCUGAGUUACAUUCCAAAUCUUUACAUCUAGUUGAUCCAAUAUCUCCUAAAAGCCAAACCUUGUGUUCUGAAAAAAAUGUAGAAGUAAGUCAACUAAAUUCCAAGAAUACAAAAAUUAAACCCAUCACUCUACCCAACGACAGUCGUUUUAUCCGUCGUGCCGUUGUAUUUAUGAUAAAAUUGCCCUUCAGAGUAGCUCUAGCACCAGGACGUGCUGCACUUCGUUUACUUCCAUGGAAAGUAUAUCUCACAUUUACUAGAGAGUAA